CGCGGCCCUGUAGCAGUUGUUGACAAUUUUCAACGUAGAAGCGUACCACCAGUCGUAUGCUUUCUAAAUUCUAUACUACUUUGCAAUAUUUUGCAAAAUGUAUCUUUAUCUCGAAGCGGCAAAAGUUAUUGACCGCGUAACUAAGAAAAGUGGUUCUGUAAAAUCACUUGUCUUAGGAGGAACGUUUACGAACAAGAAGAAGCUGUAUGCAUUGGUUUGUGAGACUUUGAAGUAUACACCGAUUAUUAAUGACAUUGUCGAAUCAGAAGGGCUGUUGAAGAAGGAAAAGAGUCUACAUGGUUUCCUUGUGUUACCAUUGGUUUAUGAUUUGCUGUUUGGUAAAGGUUUAGCAUCCGGUAAUAAAACCAAGGAUGCAGUUCUUCGACACAAGGUAGCCCUGAAAGCAAGAUUGGCACGGUUGAUGAUAAAGGCAAAGGUAGUGAGGACAGAAGACUUGCUCACUGAUCAUCUGAAGCCUGAAGUGACACUACCAAGAUAUAUCAGAAUCAACACUCUGAUUUCAACAACCACUGCAGUUAUUCAACUUUUUCAAAAUGAUGACUAUGAUAUGCUGCAAUACAGCAAGGACAUCUCAUUUAAAGAAUUUGUGGAUCUAGUUGCAGAGUUGAAGGAAAAGCAGUUUGUAGAAGAUGCACACAUACCUGAGUUGCUGGUGUUUGCACCUGGUACUGAUCUACAUAAUCAUCCACUCUACAAGAAUGGAAGCAUAAUCUUUCAGGACAAGGCGAGUUGUCUUCCAGCCCUCUUGCUUAAACCACCACCUGGCAGCAUUGUGAUUGAUGCUUGUGCUGCCCCUGGCAACAAGACAACACAUCUUGCCACUAUCAUGGAAAACGAUGGCACAAUCUAUGGGAUAGACAGGGAUUCCAGUAGGCUAAGCACAAUGAAGGUGCUUAUAACACGUGCUGGGGCUUCAUGUAUAACAUUACUAAAUAAAGAUUUUUUAAAGAUUAUGCCAACAAGUCAACGGUUCUCAGGAGUUGAGUACAUACUGUUGGAUCCCUCUUGCUCUGGAUCAGGUAUUGCCAAUAGACUGGAUCAUCUGACAGAUUCUGAUAAACCUUCUCCUGAACGUCUAACGAAGCUUUCAUCUUUUCAGUUGCAGGCACUGAAACAUGCCCUAUCAUUUCCCAAGCUAAAGCGACUUGUCUACUCUACCUGCUCCAUCUAUGAUCAAGAAAAUGAGUUAGUUGUACAGGCAGCACUGAAGGAGUAUGCGGGAAGGUUUCGAUUAGCAUCCGUGCUACAUGAGUGGAAGUGUAGAGGGAAGAACCUGUUCAGCGAUGCUGAAAACUGCCUGAGAGCUUCGCCAAAAGAAACUGCAACGAAUGGAUUCUUUGUAGCAGUGUUUGACGCAGUGUGUUCGGUUGAUGCCCCUGAUUUUCAAGCUGUAACGUCUCAAGCUAAGCCAGUAGUGGAUGAUGUUGGCCAACAAGGAAGAGGAAAAAAGAGGAAAUCAAAAGAGAAGCGCAAAAACUCACAAAAUCUAGUGCACGUAGGUAGUAUAUUCACAGACUUGAAGGCCAACUCAGUAAUGAAAAAGUUAAAAGUGACAGUGCAAACUAGUGUGAACAAAAAUAUUAAAUAUAAACCUGAGGUUCAAUAUAGCCAACAGAAGAAAAAGAAGAAAAGGAAACAGAGAAAAAAGAACAUUGUCAAACUGUGAAAAUGUUAUUUUGUUACAGUGCAGAUGGAUUCACUAAAUGUGAAAUUAAAAUAACUGCAGGUAUGCUCAGUGUUAAUAAGUAUAGAUUAUAUGGUGAAAAUUAUACUAGUCAAUAAACUAGAGUAAGGU